AUUUUGAAAUAUAAUUUUAGUUCCAUUUGAAGCUGAGAUAGAAAAAGUAGCAUUAGCAAGUGCUGAUAGAAAUGAAAAAUAUUUAAACAUGACUCAACUAAUACUUGCCAACGCUUCUAGAGAGAUUGUACGCUGUGAUCCACCGCAACACAUUCGAGAUAAAACAUAUAUUGAAUUAACUCAUCUUUUCCAAAACUUUUUUAUCAAUGAAAUUCAAGCGUAUCGAACGGAAACAUGCUCUAAUAGUUGCGGGGAUAUUUCUUCUGACGGUAUUUAUCGUUGCUACCGUUGGUCUCCAUCACGACCAAAUGCUAUGUAUUGUCACAACCGAGGUUGUCGCGGAAAAAUUAAUAAAUGUUCUUGGAUUGGAACUUCAACAUUAUGUGAACUCCCAGGCAAUAAUCCAAGGCGUGUUCAAUGGAUUAGAAGUCAAAACGGGUGGUAUGGACCUAAAGAAUCAUGUCUAGGAACUCAUAAAAGAAUUGAAAAUUCAAUAACUGGCUUAUAUAAUUGUGACAAUUGUAUUUGUCAUUGUACUGAAGAUGAUCCCGAUGCAACUUCUAUGCGUUUUUUGAGUUUAAUGCCUCAGAUGUCUAAUAUUUCUGAUAAUAGAGUUGUCACAGGUAUGAAAUUUGUUCAAAAAAAUAAUAUGAUUCACAUCCAAAUCGAACACGGACAACUAAUGGCAGACGGCGAAAUCAACAAUAAAACUUUCAAAUGGGUUGACCUUGGAGAUUUUGUUUAUAAACCUAAUGUAUCGGAAGGAUUUUUUUAUAAAUUAGAAGAAAACAUCGAGAUUCCUUUAGUCAAAGGAAGAGACUAUUCAAUGAUUGGCUCAAAACAAAAAACAUUAUUCCUUGAUGAUAUCACAGCACCCAAUGACAUGGUUGUCAUUGGAGUUAGAUUGAAACACAUUGAACAAUCAUCUGGAACAAAUACUAGUCCAUUACAGUUAGAAAUCCUAGCAACUGCUUAUGAUUAUGAGACGGGUGUUCUUGGCGGAGAUGAAGCCCGUUGGAUAACAUCAGAAACGAUGCCGUAUCCAUCUAUUUAUUAUGAAAGAGACAGGCGUGAAUUGGUCUUGUCAAAACCAGAUAAUCCAACAAAGUAUUAUUCAAAUAUCCCACAUGAAGAAACCAAUAUGUUCGUUAAGUUUCGCGCUUCAGAUAUUUGGAAAGAUGCUGCACAAACAGUCGUUCCGUUAUUUGAUGCUCAAGCAGUUACUACGUUAGUUAGACCCUUAGGUGGGGUUGGGAUCACUCACAAAAGCGUUGAUGAUUCUGGAGGGUUUAUUGCUUUGAAGCUAUUCACAGUUGAUUGCUCCCAUCAUCUUCGUUACAUAAGUGAAGAAGAUAUUGAACUUUAUAAAAGUAUCGAUCAAUAUAAAUAAUAUUCUAUUGAAGUAUAAAUUAAUUUAUUUCUUCAACAUAUGCCUAAAACUAUUUUAAUGCUCAUUACAUA